AUGGUACGAGCCCGCAGCAGGUGUGGCCGAUGGGCCAAACCAAGAGCGGGCGCCGGAGGGGGAGCGGCGCGGGCGCGCGCGCUCCGGAGAGUGAUGAGAGGCGGCGAGGCGGGAGGGCGAGACCGGGACGGGGCUGGCAGCGGCCGCAUCAUCGGGGAGCGACGCGAGCAGAGCGGCCGCCGCGGGAGAUUGAAGUGCCUGCGCCGCCGCUGGGGCCGAGGCCAGGCGAGGCGGGGAGGGGGCGGCGCCGCCGCCGCUGCCGCCGCCACUGCAGCCGUUGCUCGGGGGGAGGAGAGGAGGAGGCGGGGGCCGCCCGCCCGCCCCUCCGCCGGCGGGCUGCGGAACCCGCCGGGAAUCGCCGCCCCGAGGGAGAAGCAGGAUCGGGACCCCGCCGGAGCCGUGUUCGGGGGCUGCUGCCCGGCCCUGUAGAGAAGCCUA